GCAUUCCUGAAUUUGGGAUUUCUGUCCAGUAGAAUUUCCAAUUCAGAAAAAUUUUGAGAUGGCACACUUAUCACAAUUGGUUUCUCUUGGAUUUCAAAACGCCCGACAAACUCUAGUAUCCUGUAAUAAUAAUAACUUGGUGAAAGUAUGUGUCAGACAUGCUUCAAAGAAAGGUGGUACUAGCACCAGCAAUAGGGGUGGCCAUAGUAGACCAAAACACAGAGGAUGGAAAAUACAGGAUGGUGGUUACACGUACGCGGGUAGGGCAUUAGUUACACAGCGAACACCCAGAUUCCAUCCAGGUCUUAAUGUUGGUUUUGCAAGAAAUGGAUCUUUAUUUGCUAUAGAACCAGGCAAAGUGGUAGUAACUUGUGAGAAAGUUGAUCUCAAUUGGGAUCACCCUUGUGUUAAACGCUACUAUGCUGGUCGUGAAAAUCAAGUUAUAUAUAAGAAACACUUUAAUAUUAUUCCUAAUCCCCAGCAUAAUAGAUUCAAAUUAAUAGACAUAAUCUAAAUAUAUAUGUAUAGGAAACA